ACCACCAAGAAUUCACUGCAGACUCUGUAAAUCAAUUGGAAUUGGAGAGGCCCGAACCCGAAUAGACUGUGGUAGUUGACGCAAUAACGCGGGAGUCCACGGGUAUUCAAGUAUUCGGAUCCGCGUCCCAAGAAUCCGAAUAGCAAAUGGCCUACGCCUACGGCCUACCCGGAAGCGGGACUCGUUGAAAAUGUCUAAUUUUCAUUUCCCUAAUAAAACAAGAAAAUGGUGUUUCCCGUUUCCUCGCUAUUCCUCUUCUUCACCUCCCUCCUUCACAGACAAGGAUAAAACCAUCUUCCAAACCCUACUUGAGAGUAUUGUAUUAUUCCCGUUUGUUGUAUAUUUGAUUCUUGCUCAUAUAUACGUCUAUCUCGCUAUGUACUUUGUGCAAUUCUUGUAGAGGUUUCAAACCGGAAUAAUAUAAUUCUGAUUAAAUUGAACAUGGGCGAUCGGUUAUACGACGAUCUGGAAAUUGCGCUGUCCUCUUAUUCGAUACCAAUUAUCGAUGAUUACAAUGAAGAGGAAGAGGAAACGGAGGAGGAGUACGAGGGGGAAGAAGUCAACGAUGUGCAAAACGAGGAAAAAUCGGAAGAAUUAGCUUGCCCAUUUUGCCUCGAGGAUUUUGAUGUUCUUGGAUUGUGCUGCCACAUUGAUGCCGACCAUCGCAUGGAGGUUAAGCCCAGGAUUUGUCCUGUUUGUGCUGCAAAGGUGGGCAUAAACAUGGCUUCCCACGUAAUCACACAGCAUGAGAAUAUUUUAAAGGCUCUUUGCAAUAAGAAGUAUCGCAGCACCCGCUCUCGUUCAGCAAUAUUUCUAUUGAGGAAAGAGCUGCAGGAGAAACAUUUACGUUGUAUCAAGGAGUCUCCUUGUGUUGAUUCUUCCUCUGAUGCAGCAGCUGAUUCCAUGCUUUUGUCAUUUGUCAAUAAUCCAGAACCCACUUACAGACCUCAAACCAUUGAAGCCAUUUCUCCAACUGAAAAAAGCUUAUCAGGGCAGAGUUCAGCUGAUGAUUCUUCCAAGAGUACACUACCAUCUCUGUCAAUUGACAGGAAAAAUGAGAAGGCAAGGUGUGAGUUUUUACAGGGAUUGCUGCUAUCCACCAUUCUUGACGACUUAUGAAUGGCUGGGUUGACCCAAAUCUGCACUUUUUCAUGCCCAAUUAUUGACAGAGGAUCAUUGCCAGUAUUGCUCACUGACUUUGGUGAUAAAUGUAACCAAAUGUCUUGCACAUGCAAGUGAACUUCAUCAGUUGGAGAGAGUGGACUCUCAUAUUGCCUUGGUCUAUUUGUGAGCUGUUAGUAUAUAGUUAUAAUAUGAACAGCUAAAUGUACUGAAGCUUAGGACCCUCGUCAGUUCUACGAUGUGUUCGUAUAGUUUUUCUUAUCAAGAUAGUUGCAUUUGUAAUUUCAGUUUUGUGAUUGAUUGCUCCAACUCCAGAAACCAGAUGGGUACUAGGGAAAGUUAUUGAUAAA